AGAAGCCCGAGAACGUUACCUCCCGGAGGCGCGGCGCCGACGACGUUGCGACUAUAAGUAAGUCUCGCGCGUCGCGUCGCGGCUUAAUGCCAUAGCCGCGUCCGUGGCGCCAAGAGGAGGGCCCCCUGGCGACGAUAAGCCUUCUUGCUUGCCCGUCGCGAACACACACAGAAAAAAAAAAAAACAAGGAUAGAAAGAGAGAGAGAGAGACAACGGGUAGCUUUCACCCGCGUUUUUGAGCAGAGCGUUAUAUACCCCGCGCAAGAUGUGGAUCGCGACAGUGUAGAUAAUAGCGUGGACUAGCACGCCGGUGGUGUGUGCACGUCGUCGUCUGGUUUUAAGUCCAGUUAACAAUUCAGUGUGUUCCUCGACAGUCCGGGCGUGCUUGUCACACUUUUUAAUCCUAUUCUCUUAUUUACCGAUGUCCAAUUAUUUAUGGUGAUUAUUUUUUUGUGUGAUAUCGCAUUGAUUUUUCUUUUCCCUUGAUUAUUGCCGUUCUAACGAGAUAACAACAUCAAAUAAAACGAAAGACAGCGUGUUUUGAAGAAAAAUAUAGAAUCCUUUUAGUACAUGUCAUUGUCAUUAAGUUACACUUUUACUAUCGGAACUGAAAUUCCGAACGAAGAGGGAGGUUUACGAGCGUUCACCAACAGCUCGACGAUUUACCCUCUGUUAAAUCGCAAGGAAGUCUUCUUUGGGAUUGUUAAAAGAGGAGAAGGAAGAAGAAGAAGAACAACAACAAGAGGAUUAAGCAGAAGUGUUUAGAGGUGUCGUUCUUGUUCCUUGUCAUAAAUAAACCCUUUUUCUUUUCAUCUUUUUCGUACUUGGUUUCGAACUGAAAUUAUCCUUUACCGCGCGUGUCUGUCUCGUCAUUCGAGUGUUCUGUGUAUAAAAUCGAGAUCUACGUGAAGGUAUAUUAUCAUCAUCAUCGUCAUCAUGUCGGGGUUACUUUACACACUUCUCGGACUCGCGGCGAGUACGAGUCUUCACUGUGCUGUAAGGCGCGAAAUAAGUCCAUGCACCUGCCGACAAGAGGAGUUCCCCAAUCCCGUUAUCAAUCCACCUCAGAAUACGGGCAAUGUCGGCAACAAUGCUCCUCCAGCACCUCCUCUUCUUCAUCACGGGGGACACGGGGAACGCAUCGAGGUCGCUUGCGAACGUAUGGACUCCUUCGAACAACUAGCCGAUGCUCUUAGAGGGAAGUUUACUCCUGAACAACAAAUCACCCUUAAAAUUACUCAUUCCAAUCUCAGGGAUAUAUCGCGGCACGAUUUUAAAGAGCUCAGAAUGUCAAUCACCAGGCUCGAAUUAAAACACGAUCAUCUCGGGCUCGUUGAUGAUAAAGUUUUUGCUGGCUUGGAACGGACACAAUAUUUAAGUAUUGCUGAUAAUGAUGUCCCAGCGAUACCAAGACACAUUUUAUCACAUCUUUCAUUACUGAGGACUUUGGAUCUUAGCAGAAAUCACAUCAGUCGUAUCGAUCUUGACGAUUUUAAGUAUAAUCCGACGUUGCAGCAUCUGUCGAUGGCAGGAAAUGCCAUCUCCGAGAUGGUACCAGGUUCCUUACCACCGUUGGUGAAACAUCUUCACGUAGGCCGAAACCGGCUUCACACUUUGAAUCGUACUUUACGUGAUCUGAAUCAACUGGAAUGGUUGCUCGUAAAUUCGAACGAGCUCACAUCGUUGGACGGCGAAUUACCGUCCUCGGGGCACAAUUUAAAAAUGUUAUACGCCGUGGACAAUAAGCUGACUCAUCUGCCGAUGGAGUUUCGAUAUCUUCACCGUUUGGAAUCUCUCUUUCUUCAACACAAUAAGAUAACUACGUUAGGUGGGGCUCUACAAAAGGCACGACGUCUCAAGUUUCUCGAGCUUUCCUACAAUGAAUUGGAAAAGUUGAAGGAAGAGGACUUCCUGGAAGUUGAGAUGCUGGAAGACCUCGAACUUGGACAUAACUCUUUGAAAUCUCUUGGCGGUAAUAACGAAGAUGGAAGUGGGGCCAAUAGUGCCCUUUACCCUUUAAGGUCUCUCAAAUGUCUUAAUUUGACGCACAACGAGCUACAAGAGUUCUCAUUCGCUUCGUUACGCGGUUUGCGUGAGCUGCGAUUACUCGAUCUUUCUAACAAUAAAAUUGCAUUGUUACGUAGAGGAAGAACACCAUCGGAGAAUUUAGUUGAAGAGGAAGGUGACGAGAUAACAGGUGGUAAUAUUCAAGACAUGCGACUCCAACACAAUGAGCUUACAAAAUUAGAAGGUUCUUUAUUCGUCGGUAUGAAGGAACUUCAAAAACUCAAUUUCAGUCAUAACGCGCUUGGUCCAACGAUAUCAUUUAAUGAUCUUCGUGGUCUCGAUCGUCUUCGAGUUCUCGAUUUAUCUUACAACGAACUCAUCUCUCUCGGGGAUACUUCUGAGACAUGGUUGCCUGCCUUGGAAGAAUUAAACGCUUCGCAUAAUCAAUUGGUUACGCUCUCUGGUCGAGAUUUCCGUGGUUUUCCUGUACUUUGUAACGCAGACGUUAGUGCGAAUAUGAUUCGAACACUGAUGCCAGAAUUGGUUGCAAAUACACGUUGCACGGUUCACGGUGUUCCAGAAGUUGUACGUAUAUACCUUCAAGACAAUCCGGUACUAUGCGAGCCGGGUCUGGCUGACCUGACUGUUGCCCUCGAGGUAAAUCAUGCAAAGAUUUUUGGAGUUGCGAACAAUUGUGAAACAACGACGUUGUCAACAAUACUGGGAUUGACAUCAUCUUUACCACCCUUACCACCGACACUUUUAUUGGCAGCUGCUGAGGCAGCCUCGGGGACUAAUGUUUCCUUUGCAGCGACCCUCGAAUAAUCCUUCUUAAUAGUUAGAGGGAUUAAACUUGGUCGACCUGGAGUAAGUCAAUAAAAAGAAGCGAGUACAUCGCCUCGAAGGAGUUACUCGGUGUGUUUAUUCCGUACCUGGAAAGCACGAAGGAAAAGUAUCUCAAGUUCGUUCGGAGCCCGAUAGAACGAAUCAGAAUCAUUUCGACGAAAGUAUCGUCGAAAUAAUCCAACAUCACAUUCUGGUUAGUUAAACUCAACAUACACAAUGACUGAGGAGAGAUUUCGUGUUGCUACCGAUAUUAGAAACAUAUCAAAUAUUACUAACUUGUUAGUUCGUGAACAGUGACGAAUCAUGUCCUUUUUUUAAAUGACAUAUGUAUGUAAUAUAUAGGUAUAUACGGUAUUAAGAUCCCAAGGUAGUUUCAUUUUUGAUAUGCAAACUUACUUUUUUCCAAACGUAUGCACCAUAAUACAUAUAUAUAUAUAUAUAUAUAUAUAUGUAUACUACUAACGUGGUCUAUCUAGUUGAACAGAGAGAGAGAGAGAAUUGUUGCUUCUUGUAUACCGUUUUAAAUGUAUAUAACCUUGAAGCUUUUUUUUUAAUCGAUAGAUAAACGCUUUUGACAAAUACUCUGUAUAUGUCAUCAAUUAUAUUACAAUAGAAACAGUCACGAAUCCAUGUGUGUGCGGGUCCGUUAAUUAAUUAAAUAGAAUUUCAACGUCUUAACGGAUCAUAUUUAUUUUGUUAUACCGUCUGGCAAUUGAAU